GGCGGGAAUUAUUCGACGCUAACGGUACGCAGGGAAGCUGACAAAAUAAAAAGAGAUGAAGAUGUGAGAAUCAGAAAAUGAUUGAAGCGUCGUAAUAUUUAAUUCAAACGUUAUACGAAUUCCCAACAAUAAAUCCCAUCACUUUCAUAUUCUCACCAUAUUAGUUUUUAGAUCUUCUCUCCAUCGAUCUAACAGCCCCUCAAAAGUCUUCAUCAACCAAAAAAAAUUCAGUCUUUUUUUAUAUGUAAUUUACUUUAACUCUCUCUCUCUCCCCCCUUGGAAAAACACAAGAUCAAGAGUCAUCGACCCAUUAUUACAUUGUUAAAUUAAGAACAUUUUCAUCUAUUUUUGGUUGAUUUGAGAAAUGGGGAGUAGUUAUAAUUAUUACAGAAUGUUCGGAUGUUUUAACCGGAAAUUCAAGAUCAGGGAGAUGGAACCACCACCAGAUGUGAGGGAUGUGUUUUUCAGGUACACCGGAAGAGGGACCCACAUGAACGCGGAUCAACUUCUACGAUAUCUGGUAGAAGUACAAGGUGAGGAAGGGUGCACGGUUAAAGAUGCUGAGCAAAUAAUACAACAAGUUGCCAGUAGGCGGCACCAUCUCAUCAGGCGCCUCAACCAUUCUCUUGAACUAGAUGAUUUCUUUCAUUUUCUAUUUCAGGAUGAUCUCAAUGGACCUAUCAAAUCUCAGGUACACCAUGAUAUGAGUGCUCCAUUGCAACAUUAUUUCAUCUUUACAGGUCACAACUCCUACCUAACUGGAAAUCAACUGAGCAGCGACUGUAGUGAAAUUCCUAUCGUUAAGGCUCUGGAAAGAGGUGUCCGGGGAAUAGAAUUGGACUUGUGGCCUAGCUCAGGGAAAGAUAAUAUUCAUGUUCUUCAUGGAAGGACCCUGACCACACCAGUUCCACUUCUUAAAUGCUUAAAGGCCAUUAGAGACCACGCUUUUGUUAAAUCACCUUACCCUGUCGUAAUCACGUUGGAAGACCACCUGACACCAGAUCUCCAAGCUAAAGUUGCAGAGAUGGUUAUCCAAAUAUUUGGAGGAAUGCUAUAUUAUCCUCAAUCAGAGUGCUUAGAGGAAUUUCCUUCACCUGAAGGGCUUAGGAAUCGGAUUAUUCUCUCUACAAAGCCACCCAAAGAGUACCUUGAGUCAAAGCAUCAGAGAGACAUAUCUCUAGUGGGAAAAGAUUCAUUUCGAGAGAAGGAGAAAUCAGAAAUUGGCGCCGAGGAUCAUGACACUGAUGAAAGGAGUGAUAGCGAUCAAGAUGAUGAAGAUGGUGAUACCUCCAACGAUCAGCAAUCAUCGCAACCAGGAGCACCCAAGUACAAGAGUCUCAUAGCAGUUCACGCUGGGAAGGCAAAACAUGGUUUGAAACGUGCACUAAGAGAGGGAAGUAAUAAAGUCACUCGACUUAGUUUGAGUGAACAAGAACUUGAAAGAGCUGCAGAAAAUUAUGGAACAGAUUUGGUUAGGUUCACCCAAAAGAAUAUCCUAAGGGUGUACCCUAAGGGAACAAGAGUAACCUCCUCAAAUUUCAAGCCAAUGACUGGCUGGAUGCAUGGAGCUCAGAUGGUAGCAUUUAACAUGCAGGGAUAUGGGAAGUCACUUUGGAUGAUGCACGGGAUGUUUAGGUCUAAUGGAAGCUGCGGCUAUGUGAAAAAGCCUCGUUUUCUCAUGGAUAAAGGCCCACACGAUGAGGUGUUUGAUCCGAAAGUAAAAUUGCCAGUGAAGAAGACGUUACAGGUCAGAGUAUAUAUGGGAGAUGGAUGGCGCUUGGAUUUCAGCCAUACACACUUUGAUGCCUAUUCACCACCAGACUUCUACACCAAGCUAUAUAUAGUUGGAGUGCCUGCAGAUGCUCAUAAGAAAAAGACAAGGAUACUUGAGGAUGACUGGUGUCCCAUGUGGGAUGAAGAGUUUAAAUUCCCUUUGACAGUGCCAGAGAUGGCUUUGCUUCGGAUUGAAGUACGAGAAUAUGACAUGUCGGAGAAGGAUGAUUUUGGUGGGCAGACAUGUUUGCCUGUCUCAGAGUUGAGAACAGGCAUCCGAUCAGUCCCUCUCUAUGAUAAGAAGGGUCAAAAGAUGAAAUCUGUCAGGCUUCUUAUGCGAUUUCAAUUUGUGUGAACAGCAAAAGUUUUGUUCCUAUUUUUUCCUUGGUAGCCGUGGAAGCAGCCAGUAAUGCUUGCAUUAAGUUAGGUUGUCUACAUCACACCCUUUAAGGAUGCUUUUAAUGAGGAAUGCUUUGUGCAUCGAACUGCCCUUUCUCUUAGGACUUUCUCUUGUACACACAUGCUUGAUUUUGAUUGUAUUUUACAUCCUUCAUGUAAUUUGCUGCAUGUCCAGCUUUUGCACGGUGGAGUGACAAUGAUGUAUUAUUAGAAGGAAGGGAAACUAAGCUUCUGGGAUGAAGUUAUAGGAUUGUGAGUUUGUGACAUUUGUUUUGUACUCUUGUUAACAUUGAGACAUAUUCAGGUAUCAAAAUGAGGCAGAAAAUACAUAGCUACUUUUCUUUCG